ACAUUUAGACAAGGCUUUGGUAUUAUCUCGCCAGAGGAAGAGAUAGAAACUACGUACUGUACAGACAAGGGAGGACGCGGGAAGGAAAUAUUCGUCGUAAAAUGUGGCAAUAAACACACGGGUGGGCUCAGGGUGGAUGGAGUAUGUCGCGGCCAGAUUUAUCAGUACCGCGCGGGCCGGCGCCGCCGUAUGACUUCCAGCUGCAGGUGGUGAUGGUGGGCGAGUCCAGCGUGGGGAAGACUUGUAUCAUCAACAGGUUUACUGAGGACAAAUAUGAGGACCCCAUCUCUACUGUAGGCAUUGACUUCAAAAUUAGAAUAUUUGAGAUGUACGGCAAGAGAAUACGACUUCAAAUAUGGGAUACAGCAGGGCAUGAGAAGUUUAACACCAUCACCACACAGUACUACCACCGGGCAGACGGGGUCCUACUCGUGUAUGACAUCACCAGGGAACACACCUUUGUCAGCAUUCCCAAGUGGCUCAACCAAGUAGAUGUGUACGCCUCCCAUGAUGUGGAGAGAUACCUGCUGGGAAACAAGUGUGACCAGGAAGUGUUACGGGAGGUCCCCAGGGAGAGAGCAGAAAAGUUUGCUGUUGAGUACAACAUCAACUUUGUUGAGGUGAGCGCUAAGACCAACACAGGCAUCGAGCAUGCCUUCAGGGACCUGGUGGAGAGCAUUCUGCGGAAGAGGCCGGAUGCUGCCACAAUGAUGGACGAGAGAAUCCACCUGAACAGGGGCGACUACGAGAAGUCCCCGCAGCCCGGCACCAAGUCAUGCAGCGGGAGAUGUGUGUAGCAGUCGGAGCACAAGAGCUUGGACUAGACACACUUCUGUACUGAAACAUACAAUGUACAUCUUUACAUACCCUGGAUGCCAAACUAGUAUCGGGCCGUUAGCCGUUUUCCUUCGGCAGCCAAGAGCCCGUCGCCCGCCUAUCUAAAUUACCGCUACGGGGGAGUUGAGCCCGAGGGGUUUGUCCAGCCCUAUUACUAGUAAUAGUAGGGCGAAGGGUUCUUGGCUGCCAAGGGAAAAUGGCU